AAACAGCCGGCAGAGCUUCAGCAGAACUCACAGAAAACACGUCCGACAGUCCCCGUUUCUCUGCUUUGAAAUGGUUCCCUGCGAGUUUAUCCCAUUGCAUCCCCAUUAAAGAACCAGUAUUGGUUCUAACUGGAACCAUUAUUUUUAAGGAACACUUGCAAUCAGCUACGUGACCACGUGCAGCAUCCCCUCCCUCCCUCUCCCAUGCCAGCACACUACACAGUACACGCUGUCCUCAAAACCUCCAGCGGCAUUACCCGCAUCGGUGCUGAGCCGACAGGGAGGAGGUGGGAUCUAGCUACUGGUGGUAGUGGGCUAGCAAACGUUUACGUGCGAAUCGUGCAGAUUUCCAUCCACGAAUCCCAUUGCCAAAGGCGUUUUUUUUGGGGGGGGGGAAUCAUGACGAGAAAGCCCCUCGCGGGAUACCCCUCACUGCUAACGACAUACAUUCAUCCAUCACUGUUAGCUGGACCUGAAGAACGAGACAGAAACAGCCGGCAGAGCUUCAGCAGAACUGUCAGAGACCGUCCCCGUUUCUCUGCUUUGAAAUGAGGCUUUUACCUGCUGCACCGCCACCAGGUGGCAGUGCAGCCCAGGCAGAACAGCAGCAUGGACAGGCAUUAGACAGGACGACUCAGGGCAAAACCUGGGGUCUUUCACCUGUGCUCACCUGUGCUCACACAGACCUAGCUAGUCUUGCUGAGUUCACUCGUGUUUCCUGUGAUGAUGUCUGACUGUUCGAUACCAAUUUCGUGCUGGGGAACGCUCAGAUCGUGGACUGGCCGAUCGUCUACAGCAACGACGGCUUCUGCAAACUGGCCGGUUACCAUCGAGCCGAGGUCAUGCAGAAGAGCAGCACCUGCAGCUUCAUGUACGGCGAGCUGACAGACAAGGAGAUGAGCGAGAAGGUUCGACUGACCUUCGAGAACUACGAGAUGAACUCUUUUGAGAUUCUGAUGUACAAGAAGAACCGGAUGCCCGUUUGGUUUUUUGUGAAGAUCGCUCCGAUCAGAAACGAGCAGGACAAGGUCGUCCUGUUUCUCUGCACCUUCAGUGACAUCACCGCCUUCAAGCAACCAAUUGAGGACGACUCUUCAAAAGGUUGGGGUAAAUUUGCCCGUCUGACUCGUGCAUUAACCAGCAGUCGAGGAGUUCUUCAGCAGCUCGCUCCAGCUGUCCAUAAAGGAGAGAACGUCCACAAACACUCACGGCUGGCAGAGGUUCUCCAGCUGGGUUCAGACAUCUUGCCUCAGUACAAACAGGAAACCCCGAAGACGCCACCGCACAUCAUCCUGCACUACUGCCUCUUCAAGACCACGUGGGACUGGGUCAUCCUCAUCCUCACCUUCUACACCGCCAUCAUGGUGCCCUACAACGUCUCCUUCAAGACCAAGCAGAACAACGUCACCUGGCUGGUGGUGGACAGCAUCGUGGACGUCAUCUUCCUGGUCGACAUCGUCCUCAACUUCCACACCACCUUCGUCGGCCCGGCCGGGGAGGUCAUCUCCGACCCAAAACUCAUCCGCAUGAACUACGUCAAGACCUGGUUUGUCAUCGACCUGCUGUCCUGCCUGCCUUAUGAUGUCAUCAACGCCUUCGAGAACGUCGACGAGGGGAUCAGCAGUCUCUUCAGCUCUCUCAAAGUGGUCCGUCUGCUGCGUUUGGGUCGCGUUGCCAGGAAGCUGGACCACUACAUCGAGUACGGGGCUGCCGUACUGGUUUUGCUGGUGUGCGUGUUCGGCCUGGUGGCCCACUGGCUGGCCUGUAUCUGGUACAGCAUCGGAGACUACGAGGUGAUCGACAACAUCACCAACAGCGUGAGGAUGGACAGCUGGCUGUUCCUGCUGGGGGAGACGGUGGGGACGCCGUACAGAUUCAACGCCUCGGGCUCGGGCCGCUGGGAGGGGGGGCCCAGCAAGGACUCGGUCUACAUCACCUCGCUGUACUUCACCAUGACCAGUCUGACCAGCAUCGGCUUCGGAAACAUCGCGCCAAACACAGACGGAGAGAAGAUCUUCGCUGUGGCCAUGAUGAUGAUCGGAUCGCUGCUCUACGCCACCAUCUUCGGUAACGUCACCACCAUCUUCCAGCAGAUGUACGCCAACACCAACCGCUACCACGAGAUGCUCAACAGCGUGCGAGACUUCCUCAAACUCUACCAGGUCCCCAAAGGCCUGAGCGAGCGGGUGAUGGACUACAUCGUGUCCACCUGGUCCAUGUCCAGAGGCAUCGACACCGACAAGGUGCUGCAGAUUUGUCCGAAGGACAUGCGAGCGGACAUCUGCGUCCACCUCAACAGGAAGGUGUUUAAGGAACACCCGGCGUUUCGGCUGGCCAGCGACGGCUGCCUGCGAGCCCUCGCCAUGGAGUUCCAGACCGUCCACAGCGCGCCGGGCGACCUCAUCUACCACGCCGGGGAGAGCGUGGACAGCCUCUGCUUCGUGGUGUCGGGGUCGCUGGAGGUCAUCCAGGACGACGAGGUGGUGGCCAUUUUAGGUAAAGGGGACGUGUUUGGGGACGUGUUCUGGAAGGAGAUGACGUUGGCACAGUCCUGCGCUAACGUGCGAGCGCUGACCUACUGCGACCUCCACAUCAUCAAGCGGGACGCGCUGCAGAAGGUUCUGGAGUUCUACUCCGCCUUCGCAAACCACUUCGCCCGAAACCUGGUGCUCACCUACAACCUGAGGAAGAGGAUCGUCUUCCGGAAGAUCAGUGAUGUGAAACGUGAGGAGGAGGAGAUGUUGAAGAGGAAGAACGAGGCUCCUCUGAACCUCCCUCCGGAUCAUCCAGUCCGACGACUCUUCCAGCGUUUCCGGCAGCAGAGGGAGGCGCGGCUCGCCACCGAGCGGGUCGAUCAGGGCGGCGGUGACGUGGAGAAAGGUGUCGUUCCCUUGGAGCCGCCCAGAGGUCCAGAGGUCCUGGCCUCCACCAGUAUAGUCACGGUGACCGAGGGCCCAGCCACACCCACCACCUCCUCAACAUCCACUGUGUCCUCUUCAUCCAGGACCUCCAGCCGAGUCAUGUUCCAUGCUCCCGCCAUCCAAAAUGGAAACCUGAUCGGCUGCAAAUCCGCAGAGCCACCCAAAGCUAAAGGCUGGGGACGAUUCAAGGAGUCAGUCGUGAAGGCUGAGUCAUGGAGCAGCGUCUCCAAGGCCGAGUCCAUGGAGACGCUGCCCGAUAGAACUAAGUCUCACGACGAGAUGCCCCUCAAGAAAACUGACUCCUGUGACAGCGGCAUCACAAAGAGCGACCUCCGUUUGGACAAUGUCGGCGGCGCCAGAACGCCGCAAGAGCAAAGCCCGAACCAGUCUGACGAGAAGAGGGUCUUCUGUCCGAUACCGGAGCAGAGCAUGCAAGCCUCUUUCCUCGAGAUGAAACAAGAAUUGAGAGGAGACAUCAGAUCUCUGAACAGUCGCAUGGCAGCACUGGAGGCUCAGCUGGCUGAGAUGCUGAGACUUCUCAAAUCCAGGAAGUCGUCGGGCUCCUUCUUCGAGAUCUCGCGGCCUCCUUCCCCUGACUCCGAUAAGGACAGCUUCUCCUAAGCCGGACACGGAGUCAGUCUGCGGGAAUCAAACUCGACCCGUUCAGCCUCCAGAUGUCAGAAAAGCGCUUCUGACUUCAGCCUGAAGCUGCGCUGAUGGUGGUCGACGACGAUAUCACACAGAUGACAAAAGCACUUUGUUACGUUCGCAGCAUCACUCUGGGAGACAUUACAGACUGAAAUGACUGACUGAGGUUAAGGCUGAUUUUUACUUUGAUCAGACACUACAGAAAGAGUCAGGACAGUCACACCGGCACCUUUGGUCCUCAGGAGGGUUUCGAGCCUUCCCGCCUUCACACGAUAUCGGCAAUAAUAACAGAUGGCUUUAAUGUUGUUGUUUUAAACAGGACUUUGGCACUGUGAUGAAGGAAAUUAUGUUCUAAAGGUUUGAUUUGGUGGCUUUGACUUGGUCUCAUGGGGUUUGGUCCACAAAGUCUGUUUAGCUGUUCAGACCCUCCAGAUACUGAAGGGUCUGCUCUCAUUGGCUAUCUGCACUCUCAAUCAAAAGGUUUACACACUUCAAAAUGGCAGGGGUGCGUGGAGGCUGCUGAACUGAAAGGUCAUUGUGGACCAGACUUUCAGCCGAUGAUCAAUGGUUUGGCUCGGUGAGACAAGCUAACUGACCAGAUUAACUGACGUUAGCACUGUUUUCCUCUGAGAAUUCACGCAGACUAAACACUGUGUACAAGACUUCAGCGAGAAGUCUGAUGUUUGGGAUCUGUAGCGUUUUUAUAUCCAGAGUGAAUGUGAAAGAUUUAAUGCAGCACGGUGAAAGUGAGGCGCUAAAUGUGUCUGAUGUUGAUGUUUAAAUUCCUGCACAGAGCUUCACAUUUGACUGGCUAGUCUGGCUUUUUAGUUUUUUUUAUAAAAAAUCAGUAUAUGCAUGUUUCCAUGUUGAUGAGUUUUCAGCUCUGAAUGGAGCCCAUGGGGUUAACGCAUCCAAACACAAACACAAACAGUAAUCUGAUUGCUUCAGCGUAACAGAUCACACGUGUUGGACGGUUAUACUUCUGAUAUCUGCGGCUGCCUAAAUGCAUCUGAAUUCAAGUGGAAUAUGUUUUAACUCACUGUACAUAUGCUCUUUAAUUCAGGUGUUUUUAAGAGAUCGUUCAUUUAAAAUUAUACGGUAUAUUGCUCGAACAAAGUUACAUCUCAUCAUGUGAUUUUGUUAUCUCCACUCUUCCUGCAUUGUGAUUAGAUCUCAAUAUGCAAAUGAGGUGGGCGGGGCUAACAGACCUGUCAGUACAUGUGGUGCGUGUCAGGUGAAGGGAAGCGAUGCGACUUGUAAAGCUGAACAGACACUGUAGUUUUUAUUAAUCGUGUACAUCGUGUUAACUCACACCGCACGUUUUAAUCGGCCUUUCUGCACGAAACGUACGACUUUUAUGCUCACACACAGAUCAAUACAUACAGAUCAAUCGACCAGCCACAACGUGGAGCUCACGCCGAGUUUAAACAUUCAGUGUCAUUUCCAAUCAAUUCAUUCAUACGAGACGACCACGUCCUCAAUAAUGUUGACUAAAAGAGAGAAAGGCAGCGUUAGGAAAUCGGACUGACAACCGAUCGUCCAGACAGAUCGUUGAUCGUUCAGGAAAUUAAUCGGGCGUUGUGACCUCAAACUGAACGUCAAUAAACUACCGAUCUGCCUGAAAUUCUGCCUGUUUCUAAUAUUGGUUGGGGCGACCAAUUCGGGGCUAAAAUUGGGCUUAAUCUGUACAGCGUCUGCCAGUCUUAAGGCGAGGGUCAGGUGACAGACAGCCGAAGACAUCCAUAGAUAUUAGCCAACUAAGCUAACGCUAUUUAUACAGGUGAAAGUUAUCAGAGCCAGCGGAGCAGCUUGCUCGGAUACCCUCGGCAGUCACGUGACGCUCGCCUUUUACGUCGUAGCUGUCCCUGGAGAGUCUCCUGAAGCAGUGCUACUGCACGGGCUCUUAUUUUUCCUUCGCUAAGGAAGGACUCAUCUGUGGCUUUUGUUUUGACAGGCAGCUUGCGAGGAGGCGGAGUUUUUAGGGGUGUGGAUUUUUUUUUUCUGUCUAAUCAGCAGAAACCAUUAUGUUGGGAAAUGAUCAUCAGUCCAGAGCUGAAAGAUUGUGAAUGAAGCUGCGGAGUUUGGUCCUACUGGAUGAUUGUAGGUAUGUAUGAUGGAAGAGUGUAGAAAGACAAAUACUUCCUAAGUCACCGGUGUGUUUGGGUCUUGUAGGCGAGACGUUUCCGUGUUCGAGGCGCAUGUUCGUGCUUCUUCUAGCAGAGAUGUCGUAUCUCUCCUCAGACUUUAGCCUCUCGGCUUCAUCGGUUUUGGCCGGUGUGUCGCUGUUGGUCCUGGAGGACUCGUUUCCUCUUAGCGAGAACAGCGAAACUAAACUACCUGCAGUGCAAACAUGACGAGGCCUCCGUGAACUGCGACAGCAGCGAUUGUUGUGUUCGCUCUGCUGUCAAACCGACAACGGCAUCUUUUGUUGCUGCUCGCUGGCAGAUUGUGUUUAAGCAAACCGCAACGUAGCAGACAUAAUGUCCUGUUUAGUUGGAGGUCAUGGCAGCCAAUAGAUUCCCAGGAUUCUCUCCCAGGAGAGCUGUGAUUGGCUCAGCUGAAUCCUUCUGUUUUGUCUACCAGUUCUUCCUUUGGCUUUAGCUUUGGUGUCUUCCUCAAUCAUUUUAUACGCUUCGUUUCCUCUUUGAAACGCGACGGUUUUUCACAUUUAGCUUUACAGUUUUCCUUCCUACUUUUCUGUGACUUCCUACUCUUUGGUUGAUAGCUUCACCUCCUGUUCACGCCCAUCCGACGCCACAGUCUGUAUGAACGUCUCUAUAGUUGCCUCUGAGGUCUCUCACGGGUUUCUUAAGAAACGUGAAGCCUGGAGUUUGGGUUUACUGCUCGUCGCCAUCUGUCAGCUACCGGAGACUGAAAAUCCCGAUGUGGCCAAAGAAGAGCCGAGCUGCAACCAUCACGGCUGAAUGUGAUAGGCUGAGACACCUGCCAAUCGAGGUAAAAACACUCCCCCAAACAUACUUAAAACUUAAAUGAAAUGAAGAGCUGAACUGAACUGAGGUUUUCCAAUUCGCUUCAAUACGAUCCGUGUUUUGUUGGAGCUGCAUCUCGUGGAGCCGAACACACUGAAGCGAGAAUUACAGGUGUCCACAUAGUGCGAAGCUCGUCAUCUUCCUGUGUCCGCGAGCAUCUGAGUGCACAAAUCUCUGACCGCGUGAACACAUCUGCAGAAUGGCGCCCGUGUUCAUUUGGAGUUUAUCCGGCCCUUUAAGCGGCGACUUCGGCACUGCGCCGUGGUUUUUUUGCUGACUGAACAGAACAGAAAACCGUUCGAUCCCGACAUCGUUUAAAUGAAACCAACCAGAUUGAUGGUACAGAGUAAAUCCUGUUUUUUAAUAUAAAAUGCUGAAGCUUUGAGUAUCAUCUGCAAACAUGAUGACAGACUAAAAGCAAACCUUCAUCUACAAAUACUGUCGAAUCCGUUCACAACUGAAACUUUAGCAGUAAAAUGUCAAACGUCUUGAGCAUCAUGACACGUUCAACGCUUUAUUCCUCCUAAUCAGAGGAACUGUAACCUGAGCAGAAAGAAAAUAAUCUGAGAUUUACGUUUGUCUUGACUUUGGUAUCUCGUGUAUCCUGUGUAGCUGUGAUGUAAUAUAGCGUCAUAAUAUGCAAUUAUUGCCAUGUAUGCUGUUUGUACCGAGAGACCGGUUGUUGUUUGCGGUGCUUUGUGUAACUCACGCUGUCCCACGAGCAGCGCCGGUAUCGACACUGAUGCACUUUGGUCGUCUGUCGUCUCUGCAUGACGCUGGUGUGUUUUUAAGGAAAGACUGAAACCCAGCUGACUUUGCCUUGCUGCUUAAAUAUCUCGGAGGACUUUAGGUUUCGUUCUCUCUAAACUUCACUACCUUCCUGCCGGCGGUCACGCGUAUGUAACGGCCGCCGUCUGUGCAUGAAGAGCACCUCCGUGUUCAAAUGGUACGACGUCUUUAUCAAUAUCACGUAUGCACUGUUUUGGAAAUUCACAACUUGGAGGAAAAGCUUGAAAUAAAACUUGUAGUAACCACAGAUAUAUAUUCUUAUUUCUGUUAUUCACUUAUUGUCAGGAAUGAAAACUGUAUCAGCACAAAGAGCAUUUAUAAAAAAAAAUCACAUCAAAUGUCAACAAUAAAUGAUUUUAUACUUUGUAA